GCUUACGUAACGAGAACGCAUUCAUCAUCACCUCUCAUUUUCACGUCUCCUCUCUUAACUCUUUACUCUCUAACUCUUUAAGCGUAUUAUCUCCACAAACUCUCUUUUUUUAUUUCUCUUUCGAUUCAAAAGUCAUCGAUCACAAACAUGCCGGGAAAUUCACACCGCCGGGGAUCCGACGAGUCAGUCCUCUUCUUCACGGUGAUGAUCACGUUGCUGACGUGUCCGAUAGUCAUCAACGCAUCAUCAUCAUCAGAUUCUUCUUUAGCUAGCAGGAAGCUCGAGGAGGUCGAUCCCAUAAAGUGCUCUCCAAGCUGCAUCCAAAACCCUCCUCCGCCUUCUCCACCACCACCAUCUCCGCCGCCUCCGGCAUGUCCACCUCCUCCGGCUCUCCCUCCACCGCCUAAGAAAGUCUCACCAAACUGCCCACCUCCGCCGCCGGCUAAUUUCUUGUACAUAACAGGUCCACCGGGAAAUCUCUACCCCGUUGAUGAGCAGUUCGGAGCGGCCGCCGGAAAAGGUUUUACGGUGGUGAAGAUCUCCGGCCUAAUCGGGUUUGGAAUUAUGGGUUUCUUGAUUCUUUGAAACAUGUUGGGAGGAGAAAAAAAAAGUGAAGAUUUGUGAGUAUGUCCUCAAUACUUUUUAAUUAGUUAUUGAUCGUUGGUUAAUAAUUUUUCUAACUAGGAUUAUAUAAGUUUCAUCAUAUCUUCCUAUAUCCAAAUUUUCUAGUGGUUGUUAAAAAUCAGAUUAAUAAGGUGUGUGUGUGCCGCAUACGUAGACCAAAAUUCUGUUUAGGGAAAUAUGUGAAUUCUUGAAAUGUAUUCUCUUUAUGUGAUUUAUGUUCUCUUUUCUGUGUCAA